UGAAUAAUGUGAUUAUUUGGUGCCUCUGUGAAGAUGUACCGAACUCCGACUUUCUAUGCAAAACCGAGAGACCGAGAUAAUUCGGCAGGAAUAUAAAUAUGGUCUUCUCAACCCUUGCUUGGCCUUGGCUACGAUUACUUCAAUAUUAACUUCAACUACUAUCAACUUCUCAGCAUCAACGCACAUGCACUAGUCACAACAUAUCCACAUACGCUCUCAAUAAUGUCAGAAAAACCGCUUGUCCUGGUAACCGGAGGAACUGGUUUUCUCGCCAUCUGGGUUAUUGUCCAUCUCUAUAAAAAAGACUAUCGCGUCCGUACAACUGUUCGGUCGCUAUCGCGUGCCGAUGGCAUCAAGGCUCAGCUACGCGAAGCAGGAAUUGAGGAAUCGAAGAUAUCGUCACUAGAAGUCUACGAAGCUGAUCUGCUCAAAGACGGUGGAUGGACUGAGGCCAUGAAAGGUGUCAUGUUUGUUCAACACGUUGCGUCUCCGUUCCCGUCGAGCCUGCCAAAACAUGAAAAUGAUCUCAUAAUCCCUGCACGUGAUGGAACUCUCCGUGUACUUCGGGCUGCUCGUGAUGCCAAGUCUGUUCAUCGGGUUGUGGUAACUAGCAGCUUUGCAGCCAUCGCAUACGGCCAUGAUAACGAAUACCCCGAAUUGUAUAAGUACACGGAGAAAGAAUGGAGUAAUCUUGAGUCCAAGGAUACCUCCGCAUAUCCAAAAUCCAAAACUCUAGCUGAACAAGCUGCGUGGAACUUUAUCGAAAAGGAGGGUGGCAGUCUCGAGCUUACCGUCAUAAACCCAGUUGGUAUCUUUGGCCCCGUACUGGGAAAAGACGUGGGUACUAGUGCUCGGGCAGUCACUGAGCUUUUGGAAGGCAGUGUACCAGGGAUUCCUCAGUUAAGCUUUCAGGUAGUCGAUGUUCGUGAUUGCGCCGACCUCCAUCUCCGAGCGAUGAAGAAUCCUAACGCGAAGGGAGAGAGAUUCAUAGGGGUCGGAGAAGGAACUAUCUGGAUGGCGGAUAUUGCAAAAUUGCUGAGGAAAAAUCUAGGUGAUAAAGCUCAGAAAGUACCCAAGUUUGUUUUUCCCAAUUCUUUCGUCCGCAUACUCAGCCUUUUUAUGCCUGUUGUCCGUUUGAUUGUUAAAGAACUAGGAAAAGAAAAGUUGGCCAGCAAUGCUAAAGCUAAGGAGAUUUUGGGAUGGCAAUGGCAAUAUAACAACGAGGAAGCUAUUAUGGCAUUAGCAAACAGUCUCAUCAAACUGGGAGCUGUCAAAAUCUGACAAAUUUUUGUUCUUCUUGUUUUUUAAACAUCCCCCUGCCCUUGAUUAUAU